AUGGGUCUUAGGUUCAAGGAUUUCCCUUCCACACUCUUACAAGGAAGAGAUGCUCAGCCGAUGCAUUACACGCUCAAAAUGGUGUCAUUCUCAAACAUAUUAGCUAAAUCCCCAACAAUAUCUAAAUACAUUUCUGUUAAUUUUAAAGUUGAAGACAACACGUGGAGAUUGCAUAUCUAUCCUAAUGGGAACAAGAAGAAAGGAGGGGAUGGUCAUAUUUCCAUAUAUAUACAAUUGGUGGAUACCUCAUCUCUCCCCAACGGUUGGACAGUAACGGCUGUGAUCAAUUUGUUUGUGUUUGAUCAAUUUCGUGCUAAAUAUUAUACUGUCCCAGAUUAUUCGGUAGUGCGCUUUUCUGCUUUAAACCUGGAAUGGGGUAUCACGAGAUUUGUUGAACUUGAAGUCUUUAAUGAUUUUUCGAAUGGAUACUUGGUGGGUGAUAAUUGUGUGUUUGGUGCCGAUGUUUUUCAAAUAAAACAACCCAUCAACAAGGUUAAUGUGCUGUCUUUAUCGAGUGAAGGAGCUAAUCAUCCUUCUUUGACUUGUACCCACAUUUGGAAAAUCAAAUAUUUUUCUAGUCUCUUCCUUGAUUUCUACGAGUCUGACAAAUUCACUUGCGGAGAUUUUAAAUGGUGGAUCAAACUCUAUCCUAAAGGGAGUGGUAGAGGUGCGGGGAAUAGCAUUUCGGCUUUUCUAUACUUGGAUAAGCUUAAUCUUCCCUCGGAUACUAAAGUCUUUGUUAAUUUUACUAUUGGCAUCCAAAAUGUGGUUAAGUCAUAUAUCAUUAAAUCCAAAGGGGAUUCACAUUACUUCAGUGAACUACGCAUUAUACUUCACAAAUUCAUGUCACUUGCAAAAUUACGAGAUCCAACAAUGGGAGUUUUGGUGGAUGAUACUUCUCUUUGUUGA